AUGGUCACGAAGAUGACCAUCGUCGAGAAUGAGAAGAGCCUCAAGGUUCAGGCUGGAUGGUAUACGGCUGCAGCCAUGAAGGAUGAGCUGGGCUACGAUGCGAAACUUGAUGGUGCAUGUGAGAAGAUGAUCAAGAAGAUCGUGGACUACUGUGGCCUCAACCCAACGAAGCUGGUACGGCCAUGGAAGUAUGACACGAGUUUGAAUCAGUAUUGGGUUGAGACGCAUUGGUCUGGAGAGAUCACGAAGAAGAAUAUCGAUCGCACCACGAAUGAGCGUACCGAGGAGGCUGAUGGUACCCUCCCAGUGGUGGAGACAACCUUCGAUGAUCAGCCCCCGGGACCAGCUGCUGAGGAGGGUGGUUUGGCCGGGGCGGAAGAUCCCCGUACGAUGCUCGAUCGGGGCUUGGCUGAAGUUUUAUCGAAGGUGUUGAGACACCGUGAUCUGGCCGACCAGCUGGCGGGUGAGCUGCAAUCUCAUGCUGCAGCAUUGGAGCGCCACUAUGACAAUAUGAGUAUGAUCAAAGCAACUGCCUCCCUACGCAUGCUGCAUACCGAGAUUGACAUGUCUAUCGAGACGGCUUCUGUCCUGGCCGUCCAGGCGGUCUCAAUCGAGAACAAGGUGACGCCAGUUCUGACAGAGCUGCAGAAGGCGCUCAAGGACAAGGAGAAACCGGGAAAUGAGGGCCAGAACCAGUACGUUAUGUGUACAACACUAUCUACAGAUACUGAUGUUACGUUAUUCACCAAUGUGUUGCUCCACUGGAAGACAGCGAUCGAGCCUGGGAGCAAGACCGUGAUGAGCACCAGUGAUGACAAAUCUUCGGUUCAUUGGAGAUAUCACAAGUACAUGUCUGCAGAGCUUCUCAGCCUACCAGACAUUGCAGAGACUUGGGAUGGAAUCUUGCAAAAGAGAGAUCUGCUGAAGAUUACUUUGCCUGAUGUUAAAUCUGUUGGCAAGACACCUGGCAAGAUCUUUGCCCAUGCUGAAGCGAUGGUCGAGAUAGUUCUGCAGUCUGUUGGUUCUGCAGUUUUCAAAGUGGGCUUUACCCAUGAUCCUGUUCGGCGGGUGGAAGGCUACUGCGACGAAGGAUAUCAUCGGUUUAAAGAGUUUGGCCUGGCACUGGAUGUUCCGAUCUCCUAUGUCAACGUGGGGGACAGCAACUGUGACCUGCCAAUGAUUAGACCCAGCGAUUUGUUUCAACACCUUGCGGACCUGGGCAAAUUGGACCUCCUUUUCGGCCAACAGCCAGCAAGUGUUUUACCUGAAUUCUGGAGUCGUUUUCAGGAGGUGGAGCCAAACAAUACUGUUCAUGCUGCCUUCGCUGCUGGUACAAUGCACCCCGAUCGAACAAUACCAAUGGUCAUUCAUGGGGAUGAAGGCCGUGGAAGGAAAAGACUUCCAGUCAUGGUAGUCAACACCCAUGGCCUGAUCGGUGCAGGAUGCAAGGCCUUCCAUGAGUUUCACAAAGAUGCACCCAGAAUGCAGGAACAGGCUAUGCCUGUAAACAUCAAGGGCCACUCGAUGGAGACACGCUUUCUAUCAUUUGUACUGUCAAAGAAAUCAUAUGGCACCGACUGCUCAUACUUGAUGCGGAUGUUCGAAGCACUGGUCGAGGAUCUAUGCAAGCUUUCAACAACCGGGAUCCAGAUCAAGUCGAAGUCUGGUGUCGAGACGUGGCAUUGUGCAUUUAUUGGAAGUGUUGGAGAUCUACAGUUUUUUGCGAAGGUCGCAAGCCUCACUCGGUCCUAUACCCACGUGAGCAAGCGCAGUGGACAGCAAGCAAAAAAUGGGCUCUGCCACCUUUGCCUUGCUGGCAAACCUGGCUGGGACUAUGAAGACUUCAGUGACAAUCCUGCUUGGUUGCGGUCUGUUGGGAUUGAGCCCCCCUGGGAGAGCCCUCCGGAUUUGAUCUUUCGAUUAUUCCACGAUCCUGGAAAUGCUGGGGGGUUCCUGAAGCCAGACCUCUGGCACUGCCUGCACUUAGGGUGUGGAAAGGUGUUUCUCGCCUCUGCUCUGGUGGAAUGGCUCCCUUUUCUGCCAGGCCUCCUGCCUUCAAAGCCAUGGAUUCUGGCUUACCUGCAGCGACAUGGUCAGAAACUAUACUGUCGGCAUGUGAGCGAGCUGAGCGUUGGUUUCGACUCUUACCAGAAAUGCCCUCAAGGAGCUUGGCAAAAAGCAAGCGAUACAACAUUGCUUCUGGAGAUUUUCGAAGACUUCUGUGAGAAGCAUGCUUCAAUGGCCUCCGAGGAUGCCAUUUUGGGUUGGACGUAUACUGCGGUAGCCAACCUGAAUGCCUGUAUCCGUUUGCUAUACAAGAGUGGGCUGUGGAUGACACAGCAUCAGGCGCUGGAUGCUUCAUCUACAGGCAUGAACUUUUUGAAGUGCUACGGCCACCUGGUUCAUUUGACUUUCCAAGCGAACCGCGAUCGGUUUCCAAUCACUCCGAAGGUUCAUUACAUCCAUCACUUGUUCAUCGACCUGAAGUCCCAAGCUCGGGCUUCCGCCUGGACAUUGAACUGUAUCGCCUUCACGGUACAGAUGGAUGAAGACUUCGUGGGGGUGCAUGCAAGAGCUUCAAGACGUGCAGGUGCCCAGUAUGUCUCGCUGCGGUGUUUGCAGCGUUAUUUGCUGUAUGCAGGCGAGCGAAUCACUCCCGAGUAUCGCCGAACCUCUUGA